AACCGCCCUUGUUUGCUCCCAGGAGGGGAAAGCCAUGCAAUGCGCAGAGACUGGAAAGCCUAUAAUUAAAUUCAGUCACUGUAGGAAAUACAUCUACAGCUUCAGUGUGCCGCGAUGCUGCCCCCUCUGCCGGCAGGACGUGGGCUCGAGGAAACUGGAGGAAGCACCUGUUAGCAUCUCCAAUCCGUUUACCAAUGGGCAUCAAGAAAAAUGUUCGUUUCUCCUCAAACCAACUCAAGGGACGUUUCUUAGGGAGUAUGAUGGAAGGUCUGAUCUUCAUGUUGGAAUAACCAACACACAUGGAGUUGUCUAUAAUUACACCAUGCAUGGUGUCCAGCGCGAUGAAGCAGGCUGGGAACAGAGUGUAAGCAUCCCAUUACUGCAGCCCGGCAUGUUUGGACUGAUGGACCAGUGGAACAAGUACCUGGAAGACUUCUCCACCACAGGGGCCUGGCUGCCCCACAGGUAUGAAGAAGACUGCCACAACUGCUACAGUUACACCCUCACAUUCAUUAACUGCAUUCUGACCACAGAAGGCAAGGAGCAACUGGACAAGAAUGAGUUCACAGAGAAAUUCGUGGUCCCAAGGACAAGGAAGGCUUCCAAGUACAUCACACUCUACCGGGUGAUAGAAGAACAUGGCUUCUAUGUGAUUGACCACACGGAUCAAGAGCCAAGCCCUCCUCCAGGAAGUGGUUUCUGCUGAGUGUGCUGUAUAAGGGAAGGGACAGGACAUUCGG